UAUAUCCUUCCGCGUAAAUCUCAUUCUCCUUGGCAAUUUCCUUCCCGCGGAAGAGAGAGAGAGAGAGAAAAGGGCAAACUCUGAUUCAGAAUCAGAAACCCUCGUCUCUUCCUUUCUUCUUAAUUUGCAUUGUUCUUCAUUUUUUCAAGGGAGGAGGAAGUGCUUCAAAAUUACAGAACGAAACGCUUCAAAGUUCAAACGAACAAGUGAAGAAACUGAUGAUGUCUAACACUGACAGCAAUUGUUGUAAACCACCCCGGAGCGGUGAGAAACGCAUUCCGGCACCACCGCCUUUGCCCCGUUUUACAGCAAUUGGUUGUCCUUGUGACUGCCUGGUGACGAAUCAGUAUUCAGCACAGAAAGGGUCAGCAACAAGAGAUUUGUGGGAGCGUCUCUUUGAUGCAGGUUACAGAGCAGAUGUUUGCAUUAAUACUGAAAAUGGUGGCAUUGUUUAUGCUCACUCUAACAUUCUUGGCAUGACUUCUCCCGUUAUCAGAGGCAUGCUGAAGCAAGCAAAACGUCACAAUCGAUGGCGAUCAAUCUCAAUCUUUGGUGUUCCUCAUGACGUGGUUCGAGUUUUCAUUCGAUUCCUGUACUCUUCUCGUUUGGAGAAAGAAGAAAUGGAGGAAUACAUCCUACAUUUGCUGGUGCUGUCACAUGUAUACAUGGUCCCAGACUUGAAGCGUGAGUGCGAACAGAAGCUAGAAUUGGGAUUACUCACUAUAGAUAAUUUAGUUGAUGUAUUUCAACUUGCAUUACUGUGUGAUGCUCCACGGCUCAGCCUCAUUUGUCACCGUAAGAUACUAAAGAACUUCAAAGCUGUUUCUGUGUCCGAAGGAUGGAAAGCAAUGAAGCAGAGCCACCCUAUUCUAGAAAAGGAAAUUCUGGAGUCAGUGAUUGACGAGGAAAAUAGCAAAAAGGAGAGGAUAAGAAAAAUCAAUGAAAGAGAGAUAUAUCUGCAACUAUACGAUGCGAUGGAAGCGCUUGUUCACAUAUGUAGAGAUGGUUGUCGAACUAUUGGCCCUCAUGAUAAGGACUUCAAAGCAAACCAACCAUGUAGGUAUGCCGCCUGCAAGGCAUUGGAGUUGCUUGUUCGACAUUUUGCUGGCUGCAAGUUGAGAGUCCCAGGGGGUUGUGUUCAUUGCAAGAGGAUGUGGCAACUAUUGGAGCUACACUCUAGACUAUGUGCUGAUCCUGAUUUUUGUAGAGUUCCGUUAUGCAGGAACUUUAAGCAGCGAGUGUCAAAACAAAGCAAGAAAGAAGAAAUCAGAUGGAAAAUAUUGGUUGAAAAGAUCUUGAGAACAAGAGGAAUUGGGAUAGCACCAUGCUUUAGGCCACAAUGACUAUGGCUUUUUGUUGGAGAUAUAGGACUUAGAUCGCAGCUAUUGAUCUAAGACCAGCUUCAAAUUGUAUAUUUGAUGUAUGUUUUGUGUAACUGUAAUUAAGAAAUCUCCCUCAAGGAUUAAGUGCUGCUCCUCUCUCUACCUUGAUUUUAAAAGAAUGUGAAGCGGAGGAACACUUUCCACCUAUUUUCUCUUUUUUCCUGCCGUUGUUUUGUCUAAUUAUUUUCUUAUGCUUUCCUUGACUAAA